AUGAAGCUGGCCGCAAGCUUCCUUCGUUCUGUACGCCCAGCCUUGGGAAACCCUCUCGUACGACCCCUGCAACCUAUCCGCUGGGCCAGGUACCAAGCGUUCGAGGCGGAAUUCGACUCCGAAGAGCUCGAAAGGGCGAGAUCGUGGCACAAGGCUUUCGAUGGCAGCCAGCUUCCCAAGGGCCAGACAACAACUGAAAGCAAAGCCGUCACUGUGUGGCCUGUGAAAGACCUUUUGCCGGUUCUGCCGAAACUGUUGCAUCGGGGCAUUAGAGAAUCAAAAUACUAUACGGCCAGGUCGGAUUCUCUGACGUUGCAGGCCCAGACGCACCGGCAGAGGGAUGCCAAUACGGAGGAGAAUCAACAAAAGCUCGUUGACGAAGUCAAGAGAAUCUUUCAGGAAACCGUCCCUGGUGAGACGAGUCCGGACAAGAAGAAGAAGCACGCCGAGAUCGCAAAGUCAUUCAAUGAGGGACGACUCAAGCAGAAGAAGCAGCUGAGCUCCAAGAAGCAGAGUCGAAGGCCAUCGUUCGACUGA